UCCCCAAAUCUUGCAGGAGCGGAGUCCACCGCCUGGGGGUUGUUAUUUCUCCCCUCAGUACCCUGCAAAGCGCUGACUGGCACCGUUUAUAAAUUAAGCUGUUUUAUAAAUGACCAGCGUCCCACGGCGGAGUCCAAGAGUCCGAUUGGCAGAUUCCACCGGCCGCGGGACUUCUGGCUGGGAAACAACAACAACUUACAAUGGGGUAGCGCGAUUGGAUGGUCCCGGGGCGCCCAGCGGGAGGGACUGUCAGGCGCACAUUGACCGCCCUCUCCGUGCUCCUGUUGCGGCAUGUAACAAGAAGGGCGAGGCGUGGGCUCUCGGGCGACUCGACAAAGCAUCCCGAGUGUGCAGCGGAUAUACCGCCCUGAAUUCCAGUCUGCAGAGAGCAGGGAGAGAGAGAGAGAGAGAGAGCAUUGCUGAGACCAGUGUUGUGACUCCGGGAGCCCGGCUCGCUCUUGCUCCGCGUCCAAUCGAUUUCCCUCAAGUUUCCCGACCCGAACUGCAGACCGGAAUCGACUCUGAAUGACAGUCCCUAGGUUAAGAAAUGACAUUGGUGAUUUCGAUGAGCAGAUUAUGCGAUCUUCCCAUUGAAGAACGUCCAGAUAUCCCGGAGUACGUCCCCGUCUGGGAAGAAUCUUUCAGCAAAACCGCAGCGAUUUCAAACCAGACUAAAUACGGAGAGCCCACAGGUCAGUCGGGAGCAGCAGAAUCCUCUUGCAAAGGAAUCUCAAAUUUUCUAACAACGUCCAAGAUAGCAUACUUCAAACGGAAAUAUGUGGAAGAUGAAGAUCUUCAUCCACCUGCUCACAAUUGCUGCCAAAGAGCACGGACCUUGGUCGCUCCAGAGGAUCGUACCCACAUACUUCGUUUAUCACUGGAAAAAUUAAGGCUUAUUGAAGAUCCUGAAGUAUUUUUGCGGCGAUCAGUACUGAUCAACAACUUAUUGAAGCGGAUCCGAGGGGAGAUGCAGAAUGACUGGUAUUUGUCUGCCUGCUCUCUUGGGGAGACACGACCCAAUGAUUGGUUUGGAUCACAAGAAUCUACCUACAGGAAACGGCUGCGGAUUGCCAAGGAGUACGAGAGCAGCCUGCAUGAUUGCUGCUUUUACCAGGAACGUGGCAAUCAAUACUCAAUGAUACCAUUCUCUGUUUAUAAUGGGGAGAGAGUUGCCUCCACUUUGCCUAGUUGCUCCCGCCAGGGCAUAGACUGCUCUGAAGUUUAUGGAGUCCAUAGUGCACAUCCCAGAAUUGAACUGGCAACCAGUGCAGGGUCUGACAUUUAUGAGAACAUUGAAAAUAAUUAUGAUAAGGAAAUCAACAAGGAAGAUGAGCAUCAAAAGGGAAACAGCACAGAGACCCAUACUUCCAGUGAAAGGGCCCUUUCUCGUGUGUGCAGUGAUAAGGAGGUUGAUUGCACAGCAACUGGCUUCAGAAACGACGGAAUAGUUUCUCCUGAAUCUGGGUUGGAUUCUGGCAUAUUAAAGCAAUAUGUAGGCGAUCACAAACUUUGUUGUGUAAAGGAAGCAAAAUUAGAGCCAGCUUGUUUUGCAAUGGCUACAACCAACAGUUUAACAAGCAUAGCGAAGAGCACAUGCAGAGUUAGUGACACUUAUUAGCAUGAAUUACCCAUUACAGAAACUGAUGUCGAAUCUUUACCAUCAUGUUGAUGCACUUUAUACUAUUCUUCAAACUAGACCCUGAAGAAAUAAAUAAUUAGGAAAGGAAAUAAACCAGCACGUUGUGGGUUGGGUUUACUUGGACUGUCCAUCAUAGCAGGUUAAGGUUUUAUAUUAUGGACCGUGGUUUUUACAGAAAGUAACUUGAGUGUGAUCUAAGGUGCCUUAAAUUUGUUACGACAGUGUUAAAGUUUGCAAGACUAUACGAAUCAUCUGUUGGGGUUAACUGUAUGAGAUUUUUUACUAUUUUCUUAUAUUUUGACUUGCCACAGAACGAGAUCCAGAACAUUCAAAGCAAGAAUUUUUGAUUUUAUUUUAAAAUUUACAUGUUGAAUGGAUAAUAUGUAUAAUUUCAGCCUGUUCUCUGUAUAAUAUUCUUCAAUAAGCCAACAAUGUUUCCCUUGAGCAAACAUCAAGCUGCUUGAGCAUUUCCAUAGCAACAGAUAGACUUAUGCAGAGAAUGAAAUUUGUACUGUACUGUCCAUGAAUUGGUGGCUGACUUAUAAUUUGUCAACAUUUUUCUUUUAAAUUGCAUUGCUUUACUUAACCUUUAAACUUUAAAAAAAAACAAUUCUUUAAGCUUGGUUCCUGCUUUUUGCUGAAGAUCCAAAUCCUUUUAGUGAUAUAGCCAUCAAGACUGUAGAAUUAAAUCUUGGUUAUAGGGACUGAUCAGUUUUAACUGGAUCUUAAAACUUUGGGAGCAGUAUUAACUCAAAUGAGGAAUGGAAAAUGCUCUUCAUAAAACCAAUUGCAUUUGGAGUGAUUGAGACAUCAAGGCAUUAGCUUUUUUUUGUUGUGAUUGUGGCCAAUAUUUAUGUUUCCAAUGCAAUUGUAUAUGCUUUUAUAAAAAUUUCAAAAAAAAGUUAUAUGGGGUCCUUUUCCAUGUGGUAUGGUAAAUUGGUACAUACAAGUGUUUUACAGUAAAAAUGUGAUUUACAUGUAAGAUAUUUAUUAAACAGUAGAGCAUCUUACACAGAAGUAGUUUAAUAUUAAUUUUCUUAAGAAUACAUGGAAACAAAUGAAUGGGUUCCAAGUGAGAAUGAAAAUUUAUUGAUGACAGCAAAUCAAGUGUUCUUCUGUCCAAGUGUAUUUGAUAAUAAAAUAAGGUAAUAGGAAUAAAGAGAAAAAGCUUGCA